AUGAUGAACUCUGAUGGGUUUUUCUUUUUCAAGUUUGACUCUAAGGAGGGGAUGAUGAAAGUGCUGGACGGAGGGCCUUGGUUAAUUAGAAAAGUUCCUUUAUUCUUGAAUGUUUGGUCGCCGUCGGUAAACCUCAUAAAGGAGUGUAUUAAGUCGGUCCCGGUAUGGGUGAAACUCCAUAAUGUUCCUAUUGCUAUAUACACGGAUGAUGGGCUGAGUUUAUUAGCGUCUAAGUUGGGUACUCCUAAACGUUUGGAUGGCUAUACGGCUGAUAUGUGUGUUGAUAACUGGGGGAGAAGUAGCUUUGCUCGUGCGUUAAUUGAAAUUAGUGCGGAUAAUGAAUUAAAAGAUCAUAUUACGGUUGCAAUUCCGACGCUUGAAGCGGAUGGUUAUGUUACUCAUAAGGUGAAAGUUGAAUAUGAAUGGAAGCCGCAGAGGUGCUCGUCUUGCUGUGUUUUUGGUCAUAGUGACCAAGCGUGUCCGAAGAACAUAGUUUCAAAAGCUAAGCAGGUUGUUAUUGAUGAUGAGGGGUUCGUUACGGAUGAGCGGAAAAUGGCUAGAAAAGGAGGUAUGCAAAAGAAACAAAGGGCAAAAUUUGUGUAUAGGCCGAAAACAGGAAGCUCGGGUGCUAGCACUUCAGGUACGAAGGAUGACAAGCAGAAUACUAAUGCGAAUGCAAAUGUGGCAACUAAAAAUUCUUUCGAAGUUUUAUCUAAAUCGGAUGGUGAUGCGGAUAUCCCUCCGGGUAAUGUGAAGUCUACGGGGCCAACUGUGGCCGGUCCUAAUGAUCCGCUAGAUGAUUAUGAAGCUGAAUUUGUUGAGGCGGUGCCUACUGAAGUGUCAAAGUUUAUGAGUAGUAAUUCGAUUGGAAGCAAAGCUGAGGGGGCAAGCACUCCCGGUCAGAGCGGUCUUCAUGGAUAG